AACCCAACCCGAAAACAGCGCCUGGAUUCAAAGUGGAGACGUUAAACCAAGAAUAAUCCUCAUAGCCGUGGCCAUGAGUUUCUCUCCAUGCCCACCUGAUGCCCUCACUGGCGACAGCAUCCAGCAGCAGAGGGACCGCUGGGCGAGGAAACGGAGCCGAGCGGCCAGAGAGUUGGUGCAGUCGGAGCAGCGCUACUGCCAACAACUGGAGCUUGUCACCACUUACUUUGUGGCGAUUUUGAAGGCCAAAGGAACCCUGAGGCAGGACAUUAGCGAAAGCAUCUUCAGUUCAAUUAAAGCCAUUCAUUCAGUAAACCAAUCUCUGCUGGUUCACCUGGAAAAUGGCUACUUCGGAAGGGGCUUUGACCAGUUUUGCCCUCAACUGGACCACUACAACGUCUUCGUGGACAACAUUUACAAUGCCAAAAAGGUGCUCUGGAUCCAGCUGAAGAAAAACAAGACCUUCAGGCGUUUUAAGAAACUUCAGGAAGCCCGGCCUGAGUUCAACAACCACAAGCUGGAGGACCUGCUUCAACUUCCCAUUGAACGGAUUGAUCAGUAUAAACGUCUACUGCAGGAGAUGACUGCACAUACAAGUCCAGAUAACCCAGAGUUCCAGCAGCUUUCACGGGCGGUGGCUGCGGUGGAAGAGCUGCACCAGCGUAUCCAGAACAAUACCCGGCGCCACGAGAACCACCUGCAGCUGUGUCGGGUGCAAAAACUGCUGAAGGGGCGAAAGACGAAGGUGUUGGCUGCAGGGAGGUGGUACAUCCGUGAAGGCUGGCUGAAGGUGGUUCCUUCCAAAGGAGCUGACGUGAAACCCAAGAUGUUCUUCCUGUUUUCGGACAUGCUUCUGCAGGCCAAGCGAUGCAGCGCCCUGCAUCCCACAGACAGUGACAAGUUUGCCGGCCAGCGGGCCUACCCCUUGCGGGAGUGUUCCGUGGAAAAGGUGUUCGGCAACACCAAGGGCAAAGGUGGCCUGCUCAGUCUGACUUUUCCAAAAGCCAAACUCCUGCUUAUGUCAAGCAACCAGGAGGAUUUUAAUGACUGGUACCAAAGCCUGUCCUCUGCGGUUAGGAAGCUGCGGCCCAGGCCGACGGUUGUCCUUCAGCGAGAGGAUUUCAACCAGGAACCCCUCGGCUCGGCUCCUGAUGGCCACAAUUUACAAAGCAGCAGCAGCAAUCCUAACAGGAAGAGAAACGUGGUGAGCAACGAGCCCGGUGAGCCUGCUCAGCGACCCGCCGCCGAGUGGGAGAGCAGCGCCCCCAAAAGGAUUAAACAGUCCAUUUCAGAGCACAGUUCCGAGGCGUCGACGUCAAGCUGCAUUAUCCUCUGAGACAUUUCUUUCCCAAAUCUGGAUGGAAUUUCGUGCGUGUGCAUAUGCGUGUGACGACCCGGGAUCCUACGGUGACAGUCUGAGAGUUUCACUUCAGACUUUUAGGCUCACUCUCGGGCCGUUGCCUUUUCAUUAUUUUACUCUUUUUGAAAAACCUAAGCUUCGACUUUUCAGAAAGGUCAGUUGCACUCCAUUCCGCAUGUUAUGCACACAUUUUUACAUCCAAAACCAGUUACAUUCAGAUGCAUUAUCCUUUUGUUUAUAUAUAUAAGUGUGCAUUCUAUUUUAUCCUUACUUACAUAAGCAAAUAUGCACUUCUGUGUUAUCCAGAAGAUGACAUAUUGAUAUAACUUGGGACUUUUUAAAAUGGAUUGAUUCAGAUUAUCGUAAUUUUAACACUUUUAAAAUUUGAAAACCGAUCACAAAUCGCAUCUAGAGAUGGAAAUCAG